AUGGCCGAACCACAGCCAGACAUUCAGAGUAUCCUCGCGGCCCUUGCCUCUCAACGACCUGCCGGUGCUACGCCUACACAGACACCUCCGGGCGCGCCUAGCCAAUCGUACGCGCCCCCCCCAGGCGCCGCUCAACCCGCUGCUGCCGCCGGCUACGGCCCCCCCUCGCAGCAGGGCCUGCCUGCGCCCUCGGGCUCAGGCAGCGUCGACCUGAGCGCCAUCCGUCCUGUUAACUCGGGCACCAUGAGCUUCGACGACGUGCUAUCCAAGGCCCGCGCCUUUGCCGCAGCCAAGGGCGUCGCCUCCUACGACCAGCCCCUCGUCUACGGCGCCGAGUCCAGAACCUCGGACCGAUCAUACAGACGCUCGCGAUCGCGGUCGCCCCAGCGCAACCACCACAGCGAUCGCCGUACUGGCCACCAAGGUCGCGAGUACGGCGGCCGCGACCGCUCCUGGUCCCCUCCUUCGCGCGGCAGACACUCCCCCCGAGGUGGCGGCAAGGGCCGCGACCGAUCGCCCCUCCGCUCCGGAGGUGCUGGCGCCGACGAAAACUCUGAGACGAUUCAGAUCGAGUCGAGCCUGGUCGGCCUCAUCAUUGGCCGCAACGGCGAGAACCUGCGCAGGAUCGAAGGCGAGUCCGGCUGUCGCGUGCAGUUCCUCUCGCCCACCGACGGCGGCCCCUUCCGCCAGUGCCGCAUCACCGGCCCCGCGCCGCGUCGUGCCGAGGUCAAGGACGCCAUCAACCGCAUCAUCGAGGACAGUGGCAUGGGCGCGCUGAACCGCGCCGAGGAGAAGCCCAACGCAGGCGCCGGUGCUGGCGCACCCGGAGCCGGCGGCGCCCUGCGCGACGGCGAGGACCACAUGCAGAUCAUGGUCCCCGACCGCACCGUCGGUCUCAUCAUCGGUCGCGGCGGUGAGACCAUCCGCGACCUGCAGGAGCGCUCCGGGUGCCACAUCAACAUCGUGCACGAGUCCAAAAGCGUUAACGGUCUCCGCCCCGUCAACCUGAUUGGCACCCCGUCGGCCACCGCACGAGCCAAGGAUUUCAUCCUCGAAAUCGUCGACAGCGACAGCCGCACCGAUGCACCACCUCCAAGCGCUCCUGGCGGCGGCGGCGGCGGCGGCGGCCCUCCUGGCGGCAGCAAACCUCCCCCCAUGUCGCGCGGCGGCGGCGGCCAGUCCCGCGACUACAACCAGCACAGCAACCCGUAUGACGGGCCGGGCAAGGUCACCGAGGCCAUCUACGUGCCCUCCGACGCGGUCGGCAUGAUCAUCGGCAAGGGCGGCGAGACGAUCCGCGAGAUCCAGGCCCAGGCCGAGUGCAAGAUCAACGUCGCGCCGUCAUCGGGCCCCGGGGAGGUGCAGCGCGAGAUCUCGCUCAUCGGCGCCCCCGACAGCAUCGAGCGCGCCAAGCAACUAAUUGACGAAAAGGUCGAGGCAAUGAAGCAAAAGAAUGCCGGAGGCGGCGGCCGAGGCGGUCGUGAUCGCCACGACGGCGGAGGUCGCGGCGGCCACCACGAGCGCGGACACGGCGGGGACCGCGGCGGAAACAACAGCUACGGACAGGCAUCGUCUACAAACGCACCACCGCCGCAAGGCGCUUCAGAGGACGCCUCGGAUCCAUACGCACAGUAUGGCGGCUAUCAAAACUAUGUGGCCCUCUGGUACCAGUCCUUGAUGUACCAGCAACAACAGCAAGGCGGAGGAGCAGCGGAAGACGGCGCAGCGCCGAAAUGA